GGCAACACAGCCUGGUUAAAACACCUUGGCCGACAGAGUUUGAGCUCAUUUGUGGCCGAAACCGCGUGAAAGUUGUACGCUACCGCGAAGCUCCAACGACGCAGAAAAGCAAAAAGAACACAAUAAAAAUUAAUAAAGUAAAAGAGUUCACGGUACAAAAAGUCAAAUUAGAAGCGCCACUCCCGUGUCUGUGUGUGUUUCUUCACAUAAAUUUUAGCGUUCGAUUAACUUAAAGAGCGCGCUUAAAGCAUACUUAUAUAUUCUUGGCUGUGCGUUACGGGUGAAUUUUCAAGUCUUGACCUAAUUUUCGUGCUGUUGGCAUUCCAGUGAUAUUUUUUGUUGCUGUCGCUGUCUGUUGUCUGUUGGCCUUCGAAGUUCGAAGAAACGGCGCGUUUUCGUUGCUCAAAGUGAAAUUGUUUGUUACUUAAAUUCUGUUGGACGCACGUCAGUUACGUUUUAUUGCACUUUCGCUGGCAGCGAUCGCCACAGAGACCACAGUCACUCAUACUAACUGUAAAGACGGUGUUAAUUAGGAUCAGUCUUUAGCAGGUGUUAACUAUUUUGUGCGUGUGUGUUUCGUUUCUUUUCAUAAAAGAUCUAACACUUUUACUUUCCGCGCGUUGAAAAUAAAAUCAAUAAAUAUGUUUAAACUCGGUUUGGUUGCGAUUUUAACAUUAAUCAGUUGGAUUUCCACAAACGCGCAGGACGAUGUGCAACCCUAUUUCCUACAACAAUGCCCGCGCGAUGAGGAAUACGUUAAUGAAUGCUUGCGCGACAGUGGCAAUAAAUUGGUGCACUACUUGCGGCAGGGCGUACCAGAGCUGGAUAUCUAUGAUAUCGAACCAGUUGUCAUUGAUGAGAUUGGUAUUGUGCUUGGCAGCGGACCGGAUGGUUAUCGUGCGCUAUUCCGUAAUAUACAAGCAUAUGGUGUUAGUAAUAUAACGGUAACCAAUGUGCGUUCCGAUUUGGAGACACUACAAUUCCAGUUGACUUGCGAAAUUCCACACAUUAAAGUACGUUCGCAAUACCGCUCGACCGGCGUCUUGAUUUUGGUGAAAGCCUCAGGUGCCGGUGAUUAUUGGGGCGAAUAUGAUGGCGUCAAAGCAAAAAUUUACUUCAAAGCCAUUCCGAAUUUGGCUGACGAUGGACGCACAUACCUAACAGCCGAUCAGGUUAAAAUGGAUUUCAAUGUAAAAGAAAUAAAAAUGGGUGUGGAUAAUAUUGCUAAUGGCAACACAGUGAUACAGGCUGCAUUGAAUCUCUUCAUCAAUUCCAAUGCACAAGAGCUGUUGAAGGAAAUGAAGCCCGCGCUACGUACCAAACUCACGCUGGUUAUACGCAACUUCAUGGAUCGGUUAUUUGCGAAAAUACCGCUCGACCAAUGGGUCAAUCUUAAUUAGUAGUGGCCCACAACAGGCCAAGUUCUCUUUAAUUAAAAGUAAACAUACAACACUUACUGGUUAAUUAGCUUAGCUGUAAUUUAAUGUAUGCUUAAAUUAGCAAUUAGUCAUAAUUAUUUAUUUAAAUAAAGUAUUUGAGAUAUUGAAAGGUAAUCAUUUAGUUCGAAAAUUAUUAAUGUGCGACAAAUUUAAAUAAUCGAUUUACAAUUUCACAAAUAAAUGUAAUUUAUUACUUAUGAAUUAAAUACA